AUGAAGUCUGUAGACAAAUCCAAGAAGAUUUUUGCGGUUCAAGACGGUGACGAAUUUGUAUCAGAUAUGUCUGAUGUCUUAGCAAUUCUACCAAAUCCGUCCUUAAAACAAGGUGAUGGUAUCGACAAGUACUUCUUCGAAGAAGUUGUCGACGUUUUUGAAAUGAACAAAAAUAUGGCGAAGCCAAAGGUAGACUUAGAGAAGCGAAGGCAGCAAAAAAGAGAUUGUGAACGCAGACGUAGAGAGAAAGUAAGAAGCAAUCCAGAGCAAUAUGAAAAAGCAAAGCAACAGGAAAGAGAAAGAUAUUAUGAGCGAAAAAAACAAGGCAAAAUUAAGCUUAUUGGGGAAGUAUCCAGAAGGGAGAAAAAAAGAUUAAGAAAAAAGUGGAAAGAAUACAAACGGAGUUAUAAUACAAACAAAAAACAUGUAACCAGAGCUACGCAGAUGCUAAAAGAAAACACUCCUCCGGCAGCACCUACCAGAGAUCUAAACGAAAUUGAAAACAAUCAGGAUGUAGCAAAUGUUUCAGGGAGAUCAAGCGCUGGAAGAAAAAGGGUUUUAAGGAAGCGCUCAGCAACUGUGAGAAAAUUAAAGGAAUUGGAGAGAAAAGUAGAGAAGUACAAAAAAUUAACGCAGCGGUAUAAAACAAGACUACAGAGAUUUUGUAGUAAUUAA